AUGCCGUCACAGAGAACCAAAAGUUCAAGAAGAUCCAAAAAGGGGACAUUAUAUGAGGAUGAUGCUGAUGCAGCAGACGCAGUAACAUAUGAAAAUCGUACUCGUACAACAAGAACUGGAAGGACGGUUCCGGACUUGGUAAAAGACAAUCAGGAUACAUCGGAAGGCUAUGAAGGUGAUUAUGACAUACACAACACUGAUGACCACCGCGACGAUGGAAGACCUGUAGACUCCAGACCUCGAAAGCAACUUCUUGAGGAGUUGGAAGAGCGGAAAGACUUUGAAGAACAGGCUCUACUGCGCGUCGCACACCCGACAUCUGAAUCACCUUCAUAUCCUUCAAGAUAUGACAAUGAUAUUUUUAUGGAUGAUACUAAGGAGGACUCAGAACAUACCCAAAAUCCAGAUGGCAUUACAGAUAAUCAGUUUGAGGAGUAUCUCAACCAGCUUCGGGAGGAUCCAUCAAAUUUGGAGGGAUUUGAAGAUGUUGAUGAUGAAGCAGAGGUAGGUGAUGCCGACUCCGAUGUCCGAUUCAUGCCAGCAUAUCUUUCGCCACCAACGGUCGGGAAUCGGGAUCCCAACUCUACCUUCACUGGAAAUGCCCCCUUUGCUGAUGGGUUAAACAAUUCCUAUGUGCGAGUUGUGCAUACUAAUGGCCUUCAUCAUUUGGCUAUGGUAUCUUGCGUUUGCCAUGGGUCGGGGCAGCUUCCUUUAGAUCUCAUGGCAUGCCGAUUGCUACCGACAAGUUUCCAGCAAAUCCGCACACUAUUUUCCGCACAAUUAUUAGAUUAUUUUCGACUCUCAAAUUUAGAACUCAAGUCUUCUGCUUACCAGUUCUACUCCCUAUUGCGACGUGUCACCAAUCCGACUGCCCCGCAUACCGUUGUCAAUCUUUAUAAUGAAUUUCGACGGAUGUCCCGCUUAUGGAGAUGGAUGAAAAAGUUAAAAUGGGCAGGAUUCGGAGGCCAUAACGGCAAAAGUGCACUGUCGGUUGGGCGGGGAGAACUAGCCAAUUUCUGCCCAGCAUGUCCACAGCCUGGUGUCAAUUUGAGUGCCAACUGGAAAGAUGACCCCAAUCGCUGGGUCUACAAGCGUGUUUUUGUAGCGGACGGAAACUUCAAAGCAGACCAUGUCCGAUCUAAAAAACCAUCCCGCGAUAUAUGGUUGUCGGAAGGUGGUGGAAUGACACCCGAUCGAAUGGAGUAUGGUGAAUUUUUGAAAUCCGCCAUUGAAGCAUUGACAGGAGCACCAUGUGAAAACACAUUCCGGGCAAUCCAAAAUUCAUUAUUAUCAUCAAAAUCCUGCGAUGUUACAGGCAUUGUGGGGGUUGCCUGUGCAAGGCAUGGAUGUUACGCCCCCAAUUCACUUGUCGAUCUUUUUAAAGGAGAGCAACAAAAGAAUGUCGACUUUGCUCUUCUAUCAGCAUUAAAAUCAACAGGUGUUGAUCCCGACCAAGGCCUAGCGGUUAUCUACGACAUAAUCUGUCAAUAUAUCAUUUAUCUUCUCAAGCGUAUUGGGCAUCUACUCCCCAAAGGACUCAAAGUUGAUCGGGCAAUUGGCAUGUUUCACGUACAUGCUCAUAAAGAUGAAUGUUUCUUUAGAUAUGCACCAACCUUCAUUCCUGGUGCCGCUUGCGUCUGCGGAGAAAUUUUGGAAUCACUAUGGGCGGAUUUGAAUCAUAUAUCUCCCGCCGCCCGCACAGCAACUCUGGCGCACCGUGCAGAGUUGCUAGACGAUCAUGCUUCCGACUCUAAUCACAAAAAGGCUCUUGGAAUCACAAAAUAUCUCUGUCGUAGGCAUGAUGAGGCUGAAGAAAAACAAGAGCAGUAUCGGGUAGCAUUUGUAAACUUAACCCAAGGAGCUGACCCCGAUGCAGUAAAGUUAUGGAAACAACAAAUUGAAGAAGCUGAGUCCAAGAGGUUGGUGGACCCAAAGGUUAUGGAUAUAUAUGCAGCAAAAAGGCCUGGAACCUCCACAGUCACUCCCGAUGCAGUUCCGCAUCGACCUCUAAACCCGAUUGAGUCAUGGAUACAAUUUGCAGUAGUUGUGGAAGAAAGACAAUUGGACAUUCGGAUGAGAGCCCGACGCCUUAUUAACCAUGAUCGGCUUGCGGAACGUAACAAAUUAAUAAAGCUACGCGAAACUUUAAAAGCAUUAAUGGCUCAACUAAGCAUUCUGCAAAAUGAUGCGGGAGUUCUUCCGACAGCUUCCAAAGGGAAUGAAAUACCCGAACAACUCUUUAUAGAUUGGGAGGAUGAGGAAGACAUUUUGGCGCCGGGAUCGGGUUCAGCGGUGUAUGAGCCUAUUGACCUUCAAACAAUAUUCCUACCUUCUAAUGGGAAUGUGGACAUCAUUCAUGCACCAUCUGAAAUACAUGCUAGGAUUUCACAAGCUCGAGGACACCUGAAUCAAAUUCGAGAACUUAUUGCAGAGAGGUCAUUUCAGUAUUCCGAUGUCAUACGAAAGGGCCCACGAAAAGGUGUGCGUACACGAGGACAAGCGGCAGCAAAGGAGUUGAGGGAACGCAUUUCACAUCAUGCACAAGCCUACUCACGAUGUCGAGAUUGCCUAGUUCAACUUGGUGCCGACAACAAUAUUCUUCGGGAGUUUCGGGUCCUCACCAAAGAUGAUGUCCGAUCAAGUACCGCUGUUCUUAACCCGAACAUACCAGGAUCGACAAAUUUCCGCUUGUCAUGGAUAUGGUACUCAGUAAAUCAACGGUUAGGUCCCCGAUGGGUGCUGGAUCCCGACGCUCCCGACAAUGCCGAUCCGAAUUCUCUCGGCGAUAACGCUGAUCCGGCAACAUUAAAAGAGUACAUUGGUUAA